AUGUCGAUCAAGCACAAUAACAUGCUUCCGAACCAGCAUUUCCGAAAACACUGGCAAAAGCGGGUUCGGACAUGGUUCAAUCAGCCAGGACGUAAACUUCGCCGAAGAAAAGCACGACAAGAAAAAGCAGCAAGAUUAGCACCCAGGCCAGUUGGAAUGCUACGACCAACAGUCUUUGCACCGACGGUUAAAUAUAAUUAUAAGUUGCGUCUAGGCCGAGGGUUUACAUUUGAAGAAUUAAAGGCAGCAGGUAUUUCAAAAAGAUAUGCAGCGACAAUUGGUAUUUCAGUGGACCAUCGCCGUCGUAAUCGGUGUCUUGAAUCUCUUGAAAGAAAUGUUAAACGACUAAUGUUAUAUAAAACACAUUUAAUUGUUUUCCCACGUAAGACUAAAAAAACAAAGAAAAGCGAUACGAUGGAUGUUUGUAACAAAAAAUAUUCACAAGUACCAAUAGAUACAAUUAUUCCUUCAUUUGAUACUAAGACUCAAGUUGAAUCACGUAUUAUUACUGAGGAAGAGAGGUCAUUUGAUGCCUUUGCUACUCUUCGAAAAGCACGUAAAGAAGCCAAGUUGGUGGGUAAACGUGAUGAGUAA